UAUUUUAUAUUAUCUUAUUUAAUUUUAUAUUAUCUUCAUCUUUGUUCCACUAUUUGUUCUUCUUUUCUACGUUUCUUCUGUAAAAGUAGUGAAGAAACGAUUUCAAUGUAUGACGUAUUAUUUAUAUAGGAAGUAGGAAAUAGCUAGGUAUAAUUAGUUAUGACGUAAUAAAGAAUGAUAGAAGGAGAUUAGUUUUUCUCUUAUUAAAAACGGUUGGUGGCGUUAGCGUUGGCGUCAAAUUACUUGCAAUAUUUACAAAAUAAUAAAGGCACAAACUGAAAUUUUCAAAUGACACACAUGACUGAGGUAAACUUUGGUGAUUUUCAAAUGGAAGAAAGAUAUAAAAAAUUAGAACGAACUUUAAAACUAGCUUCACUUAGAAAAGAAAACAGAAAGAAAGAUGAAUCUACAUUACGUGCAACUCCUUCAAGUAUUAAUAUAGAUUCAUUUGAUUCUAGUAUUAAUGUUCCUCAAAGUUCCAAAAUUGAUAGUGAAAUUGUUUCUUCAAGUAAUAAUUUGAGAAAUGUACUUUUGAAAAGAAGAAAUAUUAACAGUAAUCAUAAGAUAUUUGCUACAUCUAGUGUUAGAAAGUUUAAUGAAGAAAAUAGCUGUCAGAAAGAUUAUCUUCAAAUGCCACCACCUAGUUUUGACAUUAAUUUUUAUAAUUCUAAAAAUUCAAAUAAUAUAGGAACAUAUAAUGUUUCAAAAUUUUUAUUACAAAAUAAAUGUAAUACUUCUGAUGUUGAUAUUAUAUCGCCAAAAAAAGAACAAAAUUACAGAUUUUCUAAUAAUAAUGAAAAAUGUAUUGAUACUUCUUUAUCUAUUAAUUCUAAUAAUUUUCAAUAUAGAAAUAUUAGAAUAUUUACAGAAUGGAGAGUUAUAUUAAAUGAACAAAAUUUAUUGAUUAUUAAAGGAAAAAUUGAAUGUGGAAUUAUUGCUCGGAGUAAGCCUAUUAUAAGAAGAUUAACAAAUACUAAAAUUGAAUCUGUUUGUAAACAUUUGUAUCAUUUGCAGGGAAAUAUUGUUGAUAAUAAGUGUGAAUUACCAGCUUAUGUUAGAGGUAAAUUUUAUGAUGGAUUUCCUGAUGAUUGGGAAAAUGUUUAUGAAAUUUGGAAAAUGUUUGUACAACAAGGAUGUAGUGCAACAUUUCGUUGGCCUACUCCUAUCACAGAUAGUGAUGAUGAUAUAAAAAGUGAAAUUACUGAUAUCACAUUUGCUUAUUCAACUAGUCCUAAGAAUAAAAUAUCUCCUAAAGAAUGUUUAUCUGAACAGAAAAUAAAGAAUAAACAAAAUUCUUAUUCAUAUAAUAAAAAAAGUGAUUCAUUUACACAGACACAUAUAUCUGAUGUAACUGAAAAUUUAUGUUACAAUGGAGAAAAUAUUCAAUUUUUAAUAAAUCAAUAUACCAAUAACAAAGAAAAUUAUAAACAAAAAGAUAAUAUGAAUUUAAAUUAUUGUCACAUUAAAAAUAAAACAAGAAAUGUUAAUGAUAUAUUAAAUGUUAUUGUAAAUAACUUAACAGAUAAAAAUUGUUCUCAAGAAUAUAUUAAUAAAAUAUUUGAGAUAUUAGAUUGUUUAAAUUAUGUUGUAUCAUACAAAUCCAUUCAAGAUAGAGCUAAUGUUGAACAUACAAAAUUAAAACAAAAUAUACAUAUAGAAGAAAAAAAUAGUGAAAUAAAUUACAAUUCUUCAGAGUAUAUUCAGUCUGAAAUAGGAAAAAAUUAUAAUAAUUCAUUAUCAAGAAAAAGAACUUUUACAGAAAUGAAUAAUACCAGUGCUUCCGAUAGUGAAAGUGCAACUUAUACAGGAAUUCCAAAAAUACCUAUAGAACGGAUAAUACGACAAAAAAAAACAUUAUUAAAAUCUUCUAAACGUAAAAUAAGAAAAAAAGAGAUAUUGCAAAAUCAUAAUAGUCAGAAUAAACAACGUAUUUCAAAUAUAUCUUUAACUACAUCAGAUUAUUGUACUAAUAUGAACUGUAAAAAUGUAAGAUCUGAAAAAAUAGAUUUUAAUGAUUCUAGUAUUAGUAUUACCGAGGACGAAAGAGAUUAUUUAAAAGUAAAUGAUAUUUGUCCAAAUUUUCAAAAUAAUGUUGAUAAAUAUAUAGAACCUAAAAUUAUAAAAGAAGAUGAACAAAAUAUACAUAGAAUUCACAAAUAUUUUUCACAAAAAGAUACAAGAGCUAUUCACAAAUCUGUUGAAAAUUUACAUGAUUCUUACGAAAAAAUUAAGAUAAAUGAAUGUAAGACUGAAAUACCUCAGAAUAUAAUAGAAACAAAAUCUUGCAUUGAAGCUAAUAAUAAAAAUAAUCAAAAUCAUUUUUCUCAUGAACAACAUAAAGAAUAUUCUUCUUCAAAAAAUACCAUAAAUGAAGUAACAAAACCUGUUGUGCUUAGCUCAAUUCCUAUUGAUAUAGAAAUUAAAAAUAGACAAUUAUAUACGUUACAAAAUCCAAAAGAAUCUUUGAUUGGGGAUGAAAAUAAAAUUAUUGAAGAAUUACGCGAAAUCAAAAAGAGAACAUAUCAAAAAUCUCCUAUAAAAUUUAAUACUACUUCAAGAAAAAAUUCAAAUUCGUCAUCCGAUAGUGAACAGCAUUUUAAAGAAAAUAUUAAAAUUCAACUAAAUAAUAUGGAUUCUAUUAUUACAAAAAGAUCUUCAUAUGAUAAUUCAAAAAUUUCUAAAGAUAAUAAACAUAAUAUAAAUAAUAAACUUACAGAUGAUAUUAAACCAAAAUUAUUAUGCGAUUGGACACCAAGAGUUUUAUUCAAAUCAGGAUUAAAUUUAAUUUUUGAAGGAAAUUUAUUAAAUGAAAUUGGCCACAUUGUACAUAGAAAGUUUAAAACGGAUAAAAUAUAUCGUCGAAUAUCAGGAAAAUUGGUCGAGACAAUUCAUCAUGAAUUUUAUCAAUUAGUUGGCAAUUUGCGUGAUACAAAACAUGGUAUACCUAAAAAAUUAUUAAGGAAAUGUCGCUAUGGUUGUCCUGUUAAUAUAGAACAAUUUUGUAAAGAAUGGGAAUUAUUACAAAAUUCUAUAGAUAUUGUCGAUUAUGAAAACAAUACAAAAAAAUGUAAUGAUAUAUCAAUGGAUAAUAUAAAUGUUAGUCGGAGUUCAAAAGGUAGAAGAAUAAUACCUCCAUUAACUUACUGGACAGGAGAACGCAUUAUUAUGAAAGAUAAUAAUCUAGUAUACAAACCUGGCACUAUUCAAAAUAACAAUAAUAAAAUUAAUAAUAGUUUGGAGCAUGUAACUAAAAAUUCACUAAAAAUGUUAAUGGAAAACACAGAAAAUAUUGUGAAAAAAAUAAAAAAUAACAAAUCUAAAAAAAUUGCAACCAAAAAUACGAAAAAAACAAGAAUGUCAGAAUCAAGUGAUUCUAGUAAUGAUCAUAAUAUUUCCGUAUAUAAGGAUAAGAUAAUGAAGAUAACAUCUAAUUCCAUAAAUGUAUCGGAUAAACAGAAUUCAAAACCUAUAAAUAUUGAAAAUUCUCAUGAAUCUUGCACAAAUGUUACCAAAACAAAAGCGGCAGUAAAAAAGUCAAAAGUAAGGAAAAAUGUCGAAUCAAAUACAUCAUUUCUCGGCACUUCUAAACAAAUGCAUGAGAGUCAUCAGUCUUCAGUUGAAAGAUAUCAUGAUAUAGUAUGUAUGUAUUAUCAAGGUAUUCCAAAUAAAGAUGAUAUAUUAUCCGAUGAUCAAGUCUCACAUGUGUGAAAUAACAUUAAAGUUAACAUAAUAUUAUAUUUUUUAUAGUUAUGACUAACAUAAUAUGCGUGUUUAAUUACAUUUCUAAAUAAGAAAUUAUUCAUUUUAUAAAUUAUUUUUGUUUUAUAUAAUUGAAAAAGGAUGUUAUACUUAUUAGAAAAAUAAAGCAAAUACACAAGAUAAAAUUGAUUUAUUAUUUAAUGAUGUAAUUUAACAAUUGUAAAAGUAUGUAAGAAACAUGUUGCAUUGCUUCAUUAAAAACAUAAGAACUGUACAAUAACUUGAUGUCAAUAAAACUAAAA